GGCAGUCAAAAACGUUCCAAGUUGUCAGAGAGCUCUAAGCAACAUUAUUGCCGUUUUAAUUUUGCCCUGAACUUACAACAUAUUGUAUUGUUGAACAACCAGAAGAAUUGGAAUUAUUAUUAUUAAGCACGAUGGAUUUUAAUAAACCAGUGGAUGUUUUAGCAUUUGAUUGGGAUGAUUCUGAAUUAAUUGAAGCAUAUGAUAAAGCUAUGGAGGAGUCUGAAAAAGCAGCUAAGGCUAAAAAGGGCAAGAACAAGAAGGCUAAUAAAGAGAAUGUGAAAGAGGAAAUUGCAGGGAAAAAAUGGCGAAUUGGAAAUUAUUGCCGUGCCAUAUUCCCUGAAGAUGGAUCAUAUUAUGAGGCAAUUAUUCUUGAUGUUCAAGACAAGUUGUGCGCAGUUGAGUUCUUGGGCUAUGGUGAUUAUCAUGAAGUACCUCUUGAUGGCUUGCUAGAGAGUCUUGGGAAAAAAGCUAGGCAGAAACAGCGCAAGAGUGUUAAGAAAUCGGGAGUUUCUACCUGCACUAGUGAUACUGACUACAGUUGCAUGAUUGAAUCUAAAGAUGUGAGUAAAGUUGUUAAAUCAGGACAUCUUCCUAAUGGUAACACAACUGCUGAGCACUGUGACCGUUAUGCAGCAGCUGGAUAUGCUCAGCAUCAUCCUCAAACACACAUGCAGCCACAUUCCGCUCCUCCUCAACUUGGCUGUAAUCACGCUGUGCAUACUCCUAUGGUAUCUGUCCCAAAUCAAAAUAUGGGAGGAGCUGCUCAUUGUCUCCCCCCUCCUCCACCCCCACCCAUGCCUCCAUGCGCAUCUGCAUCAAAUGACCCUUCACUUUCGGCUAUGCUUGUGUCAUGGUACAUGGCUGGUUAUUACACUGGAUUGCAUCAAAAUCAGAAGACUUCCCAUUGUCUUGCUGCUUCAAAACCUCAUUGCUGUGGAAACCAUGUUCCCAAUCAUUGUGGUCAUUUCUGCUAAGUGCCAGUGCAUAUUUUAAACUGGCCUUUCAUUAUUUCAUUUUCUGGUUCGUGUUUACCUAAAUUUUGAUGUUCACUGUGAAAAAAUAAAACAUUAAUAUUUGUCAGAA